AUGUAUCAAAUUUAUACAGAUAAAGACGCGUGCUGUUCUAAAGUUUUGCGCAAAGCUGCGGAUCUGUCGAACAGGUUUUCCAAGGUUUUCCAACAUGGCCGACAGGGUGACAGAUGGAAAUACCGAAGAAGACUGGCGGAUAUUCGAUUUGUUAUGCAAAGACCAAGCCCUUGGAGAGGAACGGGAAUCGCACCACUGUCCCGUGGAAGAGGAGGUCACUUUGUUAAGGGAGGAACUCGCGGGCGCAGAGUACAACAGGGACCGAUUACAAAACGAGAAAUGAGAGGAAAUAUGUGUGCGCGCGAACAGCGCAUGACGGAGUUGCAACUGGAGUUGGAUCGACUCCGGGAGCAGAGCUGCAGGCAAAGUGCCGCUCUCAGCUCUACCAGGCAAAGGCUACAAGAUGCGGAGGCCAGGGAGAGGGCUCUUCAAGUUAGAUCGGAAAUGGCACAACAAACCUUGCAAAGAGAGCUACGCCAGCUGGAAGAUCGAGUGCGCUGUCUGGAGAAACGAAAUAGAUGUUUAGAAAACCAAUUAACUGAAGAAGAACGUUGUAGGGACUGUACGAAAUUGCAGAACGAUGAUUUUAUGCGUCGACUAGCGAUGGCACUAGAUAUAGAUGAACGAUGUGACACUGCAACUCCAGAUGCGUUACUUCAGAAAGCGGGUGAUGUAGUGCAGGAGUUAUCACGAUUGAAGUGCAAGUAUAACAGCACAGCUGAUGCUCUCGCGACGUGCGAAGCCGAUGCACGUGCCAUGCGAGAUGGUCUUCAGCGGGCUGCUGCGGAGCGCGAAGGUCUGGUCAGACAGAAUGGAUGCAGGGAGAUAGAGGCGACCAGGCUCAGAGAAUCGCUGGAUGCCAAAAUACACGAAUUGCAAGCUUCGAAGGAACGAUUGAACAAUAGCGAAGCACAUGCUGAAACACUUAGAACUGAUCUUCAAACAGUGGAAGAACGACUAAGUCGUCUCCAAGUCGAACACCAAAGUCUACUUCAAUGCAUUUGGCAGGGAUUGGGAGGUCGUGGCGAGUGGAAAGAAUGCGCUAUCAAAGAUCGAAUACGUGAAAUUAUGACACAAAAUCAAGAGCUGUCAAUGCAAGCUGAAUCUUGCCGCGAAAAAUUAUCAAUGGAACAUUCUCGAGCUUGUGAUCUGCAGGAGAACGCUGCUUGCAGAGAGCGCGCUCACGAGGCAAAAGUUAUUCAACUGCAGGGAGAAAUCGAUUUACUCAGAAGGGAACACGUUACGUUGCACAGCUACUUGCAGCGAUUGUCAAUCUCGCUGGCGUACGCUGCUCCACCGCGGGUCGAAGAAAAUGCACCGUGUUUGUCCGAACAACUUCUGCAAAGAGCUGAACAUCUUGUUCGUGUUGAAGCUGAAAAGCAUUGUUGCGAUAAGACGACAGUAGUUAAUAAUUUGCAGAAACGAAUAAGAAUAUUGAAGGAUCAAUUGCAAAGAAAAGAGCUGCAUGUAGAUCUUCUGAAGAAAAAGCUUCAACUACAAGAGGAAAAUCAUCGUAGCAGAUGUUUAUUACAAUGGCACGUUGUUUUGGUUUAUUUGUUCUUCUCUUGGAAUGAACGAGAUGAAGCAAUUGCUCGUGCAAAACGUAGUGCUAGAAAUGCUGAAAAAGCCGCGGCACAAUUAGCUGAUGCCAACAAUCAAAUCCGAUGCCUCAAUCAGCAGCUGAGUGAAGCAGCAGAUAUGAAGAUAUGCCUAUUAGAACGUUCACGAAAAGUUGAGGAACUGCAACAGCGCCUAUCCGAAUGCGAAAAUCAGAAGAUCAAGCAGGCAAGACAGCAUAGCGCGACGAAGGAGCACAGCCGACAAAAUGAACAGUGUCUUCGUGAAGAAGCGCAACGGCUAAGGGCUUCGCUCUCGGACAAUUCGCAUGCCCUUAGUCUCCUGCAAUCCUUCCGCGGAUCAGUUGCCCGUCUGCUCGCAAUACCCAGCUCUCACACAGAUUCCGAAAUUAUAUGCCGUCUGCAGAAGAUGGUCACGGCCAAAGAUGUCCAUCAUCAUGACCCGGAUUCUUAA